AUGAAGCCGAGCCGCAUACAAGGAGAAGUUAAGCCUGCUGUAUCGUUUGAAAUAAGCCGACGAAGCUCCGAAGAUAUGACUCCACAUCCACAACCAUCGACCCUAGGAUGCAAAGUGUCGUCCAAAUUGUCUGCUCCCCAGUGCGGCCGGCGCACACAAGCUCUAGGGUUGAAGACCUGCGCUGAUAAACUCUGCACACACAGGCCAGCCAGCCUCCCCGGUUCUCCUAAGCAUCGAACGAAAUCGGAAGAGGGCAGAAAAUCUGCUACUGCUAGUCUAACAAGUCAUUCAAGAAAUUCUUCGGCGCAGUCAUUGAUUAGUGAUUUUGAAAAAUCAGAGUCUGUUACUGCCCCGGGAAAAGGAGAAUAUAAAGACCUUCCACGAGGUGUUAAGAUCAAACAUUUGCGGCUCAUGGCGAAAAAACGACAGGAGAUCUUACAAGUACAGAAACUGGUGACUCACCAUCAAAACUCGUACAUAAAGCUUUACAGUCAAAUAAAAGAUCUAGAGGCAAAGUCCGGCAUCCACUCAGGCGACUGCCUCGGCAAAAUGCGCGUUCUGACAAUGGAUGGGUGGUCGUCUCAUGACCUGUUGAUGUUGGUGCAGGAUCCAACUGGUCAUAAAAGGACAAACGCCAGCUCUACUGUACUAGGUUCGGCAGCAGUCGAAGGAUUAAGGUUCGAAUUGUUUACAAUCCCAAAAGAGGUUGCCGAUUUGGGUAACGACAUAUUGACGCGACGCUUAAAACUUUUGGAAUAUUAUCGUAAUCGCAUGUCAGACAAGAAAAUUAGUAAUGAAUUUGAAGCAGAGACUGAAGUGAUUCACAAAAUGAUAAACGAGACUUCGAAGCGUUUGGAGGACAAAGUAAAGCGCAUCAUGAACAUCGCUAAAGCAGCUUGGGAAGAUCGUGGUAAUUUGGUAAAAAAAAUAGAGCAAUUGAACAAAAAGUUGUCUAGUUACAAAGGAUACGAACCUAUGGUGAAAAAUGAUAUAGGAGAUAGAGUCCCCACCGUCCCCAGUGUAAAAUUCGACACAAGUAGCACGGACUUGCAGGAUCUAAAAGAGAAACUGAACAAGGAGCGCGCCGCCCGCGAGUCCCUGAAGCACAUGGUGGCCACGGCGGAGGGUUUACUGCGCACGGCGCGCGCGCGCAUCACGGCGCUGGAGCGCGAGCUCAAGACCACGCAGAAGCAGAUGCAGGCCACCGCGCGCAAGAACAAGGAAUACGAGUUACUCCAACGUUCUCGUCAAACAAGCUUUGGCGUGCGUUCUAAGAAAUUGGAGAAGGAGUCUAAAACUGGAGAAGUCACUAUCGAGCAGUUGACCCUGCAGCGGAAUGCACUAGAAUUAAGGGUCACAGAGCUACAAGAGCAAAUCAAAUCGAUAACCGAGGAGUACGAGGCUCGCGAGUCGAACUUCCGGAACAACUUUGACCGGCUACAGGAGAAGCUGGAUGAGCAGGAAAAAGAUAAGAUAAGAGCAGAGGCUCGUGUGAUGGAUCUAGAACAACGGAUAAAAGAUGUACACGACGAAUAUAGACAGCUCUUGGAACAAUCCGAUAAACUUGUGAAAAUGAGCAGCGAGAAGUGCCUCGAUUACUUGCCGCGCAAAGAACAUGAACCUUCACUAACCGAAGCGGAGUUAUGGAAGGAUCUAGAAGCUGCUAAAAAGAGAUUAGAGCAAGUCACAGCUGAGCUGAGACAGAGCCGUGAAGACAAAGAAAGCUUAUUAAACUCCUUGGCCAAAAUAGCGCAAGAAAGCUCCGAGAAUAACAUGGCUAACGAACUAUUACUGAGGGAGCAAAAAAAUUUUAGACUCCAACAGGUUAUUCAAGAACUAAAGCAAAGGAUUAAAUCAAUGAAUGAAAAAUUAGCACAAAAAGACCGUCAGAUUAUUUCACUGAAUAUGGAAGCUUCUCGAACAGAUUACGAGUGUUGUAGUAAGAAUACCCACGAUAACAACGAUCUUCAUUUAGAGUUGAAGGUUAUAGAGUUAUCUGCGCAAGUUGCGAAGCUGACGCGCGAACGCGAGUCGCUGGUGAGUGCUGCAAUGUCGCGCGCGCUGAUGCUGGAGCGGCACGAACGCUGCGCGGAGCUGUUCGCGCACGUCACGCGCGCGCGCCGGGACAUAGUCGCGCAGCUCGAGAGCCAACGGGAACGGCCGCACAGUGAAACCGAUGCUAAACUGCCGAGCUCCCUGUCGCCGGUGUGCCUGAAAGCCGCAGAGACGUGGUCGGAGCUGCGGUCGGACCGCGAGCGCAUGCUGCAGCUGCAGGAGUUGGUGGCCUCGCAGAACCAGCAGCUGAACCGCGAGCGCCGCGUGCGCAACCACCUCGAGCAGCGCCGCGCCAUCCUUGAGCGCCUUUUCCUCAACCGCUCCAAUUCCAGACAGUACAUCGCGGCGGAGAACGUGGCUUCGUAUCUCGGAACUUCGUCUUAUUUGACAAAAGAUGCUUUUCAUAUUGGUGAAUCGUGA